GCAGCAGCAGCAGCCGCCGACGCCGACGUAAAAGCCCGAGUCGCUCGUCUCUUCCCAGAUCCUCCGAGCACAACAGCUCUCCGUCGCCGUCGCCAUGGGUAAGGUUCACGGAUCGCUUGCCCGCGCGGGGAAGGUGCGUGGGCAGACGCCCAAGGUGGCGAAGCAGGACAAGAAGAAGAAGCCCCGCGGCCGCGCGUACAAGCGCAUGCAGUACAACCGCCGCUUCGUCACCGCCGUCGUCGGAUUCGGCAAGAAACGCGGCCCCAACUCCUCGGAGAAGUAGAUAUAGCCAUGUCUUUGUGUUUUGGUCCCCCACUAGUUUCCUUGUACUGAUGGCAAGUUGCUGAAGACUUAUAUGCUAUUAUUAUCUGUAUCGAUGUGUUACUGCAACACUAUGAAAUAUGGUAUGCAUCGUUGAGCUAA